AUGAGCAGAAAGAGGGUGGCCAUCGUAGGCGUAACGGGAUCCGUGGGCCAGGAGUUUGUCCAAUCACUGGAGAAUCAUGUAUGGUUCGAGGUCACGCAGAUAGCUGCAUCGGAGCGCUCUGCAGGAAAAAAAUACAUGGACGCCAUCACCUGGGAGGUGAACGGUCCGAUUCCCUCAUACAUCAAGGAUAUGACCGUAGGAUCCGUAGAUGACCUGGAUCUGUCACAGCUGGAUCUGGUCUUCAGCGCAGUCGAGUCAAAAGCGGCCAGGGGCAUCGAGACCAAGAUCGCAGCGCUUGUUCCGGUAAUCUCAACCAGCUCCGCCUACCGGUACGAGGAGGACGUCCCAAUACUUAUUCCAGGAAUCAACGACGAGCAUGCCGAACUGCUUGAGGUACAGAAGAAGAACCGGGACUGGAAGGGGUGGGUGGCCCCGCUGCCGAACUGCACCACCACUGGUCUGGCAAUCACGCUCAAGCCGCUAUACGAAAAGUACGGUGCCAAGAAGGUUCUCAUGACAUCCAUGCAGGCAAUCUCUGGUGCGGGGCGCACUCCCGGAGUGUCGGCCAUGAGCAUAUCCGGCAAUAUCCUGCCAUUCAUUCCCAAUGAGGAAGACAAGGUCAGAAAGGAGACCAAAAAGAUUCUUGGAAGGCUAAAAGACGGAAAGAUCGAGGAUGCAGACAUCGGGGUCAGCAGCACUUGCACUCGGGUUCCCGUUAUAGACGGGCACACCGAAUCGGUCUUUGUAGAGACUGCAAAGGAGAUUGAUCCACAGAUGGCAAAGCAGGCCUACGACGACGCCAACCGGGAGAUCACGGUCAGGGGUCUGCCAUCGGCACCAGAGAACUACUAUGCAUUUCAUGAGGAUCCAACACGACCACAGCCAAGAAUCGACCGCGAGGUGGGAGACGGGAUGACCACUACCAUAGGACGGGUGGAAAAGGAGGAUCUCUUUGAUCACGGGCUCAAGUACGUGCUCUUCUCACACAACAAGAAGAUGGGAUCCGCCAAGGGCGCAGUACUUUUAGCGGAAUCUCUCUACAAAAAAGGUAAAUUCUAA